CAAACGCCAUCUUCAAAAAGAAACAUGGCGGAAUUUUGAAGAGUUUUCAACACUUUCAAUCAUAGCCAGCGUUUAAUGAUGUUUCUAUGUAGAUUUUCUUAAUCAUGGCUAGAAAAACGGACGCAGAAUUCAAGAAAUACCCGACCCUUGAUGAACACGAAUUAGAUGAGUCCUCAUACGAUGCUAGCUUUGUGCUUGAUCCCUCCAAAAUUUUCGACGAGCUCCCGCAACCAUUUCGUCUUGUUGACAAAACGGUGAACUAUAUUUUUGACAGAGCUUGGGAGGCAAUUCAAGAGCUCGAAUUGAGAGCGAGCGAACUUGGUUUAGGUGGAAAACUUCCAGUUUUUAACUGUGCAAAUGAAUUGCCAGAGCUUUCGCAGUCAACGCUAAUGUGUUGUAGUUUGGAUGGAAAAUUUGCGUUUGCUGUUGCAAAAAUCGGGAUUAUUUAUGUGCUGGAUACGGAAACCUCUUGCGUGGUCGCUGUUAACGAUGAACUGCAAGGAUUGAAAGUGGAAAAAAUUUCAACAGGGCGUCUAAACGAGGAUAAACAUUUUGUUUGUUUGUUAUUGGAAAAUGGUACAGCAGCUAUUUUUGCUCUGUCUGGAGGCAACCUCCAUCUUCUAAGAGUUUUUAAUGAGGAUUUUGGAGCAAAAGGUUCUGAGACGACCUUCAUUAGGAUCUCCUAUGAUGGUGCAUACCUUGCUGUUGGUUGGAAAAUUCCACAGAAGUCCAGUUGGUUAGAGAUCUAUAAAGUCCCAAAAGAAUACUGGAUGAACGAACUCAAAAUUAUUGACGAGAAAAUUACCAAGAAAUUGGACGAGGAAGAAAACGUCAAAGGAGACGAAGAAACACAGAAAGAUGGAAACGAUUCAGUGGAAAAAGACUUGUCUGAUUCAGAGGAUGAAUCAGGAGUCUCUCGCCCCACCUCCCUGGGGCAGAGUGGCACCCAGACAGGGUACCUGAAUGAAACAUUGUUCACUAAACCAACUCUGAUACUCAGAAUCAAAGGUCCCACUGACCCCACACCUAAUCCUGCGGGCAGUGUGACCUCGGCGUUGAAGAACUUUGAACUAGACAAUGAUGUCAUUGGUACGGGAACCAAUCAUGUUCUACUGCAGCCAUAUUUUGAUGAAAGUAAUCGAGUGUUUGAAGAGAGACAUGAACAGUAUCUUCAGUAUCUUGGGAAGAAAGAUGAAGACAACUCGACAUUAAGGUUACCAAAUGUACAUUUUCUAACACCAGGAAGAUUUGUCCCAGUUGGAAUGCAAACUACUCCAGAUCAAGUGAAUAGCGUCAUCGUGUACUGGUCUGAAACACAACAUGGUUUAAUAUACUCACUUGUGAAAUCUUCAAAAGAUGUCGAGCGAAAACCAGACGUGGUUUUGACGAUGUUUUCAAAAAUCCUUGUCAGCGACGUGAGCGUUUGCAAGUCCUUCAUCUCGUUUGCAACGGAAAAUAACAAUAUUGUGACUUGGGACAAACUAACAGGUUUACCUCUGACUGUUGUGAAUCUACCAAUGCAUAAUAACACUAUAACAUCCUUACAUUUCAUACCAACCAUCAUUGGCAAUGGUUGCACGUCAUUGUACCCAAAGUUAUUGGUAUGUUCUGGCAAUGGUGGUUUGUGUAUGGUUGAGUAUGGUGAUGAUGGUCAAACCACGAUAGUCGAUUUACCUCCGAGUUCUCUCAAGAUAAAAGAUCCAGUUGUGCAAGUGACCAGUCUUCAGAAUCUUCCACAACUAAUGCUUGUUCAAAGAAGUUCCGGCAAAAUAAUGUUACUGGAUGUUGCAUCAAGAACACUCAAAUGUCAGAUUGGUCUUGCAAAACCUCUCACGAUGUUAGAUGGUUUUUGUUUCACUCACGGGACAUCAACGCUUUACAUGAUAGGUGGUCGUAAAGAUGAGUAUAACGAAUAUAUAUUACCUGAGAGUGUAUCUGUGUAUAAAAUGAAUUUGGACACAUUCCCUGUGGUGAAGACGUACAUGGAAAAUCCAACUGUGAAAGUCAAAACAGGCAGAGUUCUGGAAAGUCUUAAUGAACGUAUUGCAUUUAUAGAAGAACAAAGGAAUUCAUCUUAUGAGAAACGGCAGAGGAAACACAAGACAAGAUGGCGUCAGUUGGAGGGUGAACUAAACAGAAUGAAACGGCCUGUUAAUUUAGGAGAGUCUCUCUGGUUUACUGAAACACUAACUGCGUAAAACUGCGAAUUAGGCGGACGGAAAGUAUUCUUGAAGAGCCAGAAGAGGUGAUGUGUUCCAGUUCCAUCCAUAGGUCAGUGCCAAGGGAAAAUAAAGGAAAAUAGCCAUUUAAACUUUAAAGGAAGCUCAAGAAAUAUUGCUUUCACAAUAUUAAAUGAAGCCAAAUUAUCAGCUUUUAACGUUGUUUUCUAUCAGUAUCUGCUAGCUUGUAAUAUA